AAAUGUUGUGUUUUUAUAACACGUUCACAAAGCAGCAAUUAGCUGUUUUUUUGAUUUUUUAAGUAUUAUUUACUAAAAGGAAAAAAACAAUAUUAAAGUAAAUAUAAAUGCAUAUAUACAGACUUACGCAAAUCAUGGAACGAAGUUUUAUUUUAAAAAAAAGAUUUAUUUUAUUCAUUUGUAAUUAUUAUUAUACAUCUCUCUAUAAAGCUGUACAGCUUGCAUGCGCACAGCAACUUUUUUUCUCUUUCUUUUUUUCCAGAAAGCUGCACAGGCUGAAGGCCGUAGUAAACAAACUUUAACGACCAUAUGUGAGGUUCAACAUCUGGACCCAAACAUCCAAUGACAGGAAACCUUAAAAAGUUCCCGAGUCCAAUCAGAAGAGACUGUUUCCUAACAGAGCCUCCAUGCAAAGGACAAGAGAGGAAAGACUGUUAAAGCUGAUCUUGGCAUUUAUUUCCUAAACUUUCAUAGUGAUCCAUAUUUGUCCAGACUUGUCCACAUGGCUGCAAAUCAGGCUAUGCCGGCAUGGGAGAGGAAGGCGCGCGUUUUUCUGUGUUUCUUCGGCUUGGUUUUAUCCGUGUAUGCCCUCCACGUCGAGCUGUCCCGUGAGAGAGACCCAGAUUACAGGGCGAUGUGCGACCUGGGGGAGGCUGUCAGCUGCUCCAAAGUUUUCACCUCUAGAUGGGGACGUGGUUUUGGUUUGGUCCAGUACUUUGUGGGCACAGAUAGUCUGUUAAACCAGCCCAACAGCAUCCUUGGCAUCAUAUUUUACACUCUGCAGCUGGGUCUCGGACUAUCUCUGUCUAAAAAGGCAGCGCUGGCCUUGGUCCUCUCCUCCUGGGUGUCUCUGGCUGGCUCACUCUAUCUUGCAUCUAUUUUGGCCUUUGUUUUGGGAGAUUUCUGCAUGGUUUGUGUGUCAACGUAUGUUAUCAAUUUUGCACUGUUCUACACAAACCUAAAACGAAGGAGAGCGGUGGAGGCAAUCAAGAAAAAAGCUGGAUAAAAUGGGAAAAAA